UCAUGUUCACUUCCCAAAAGUCAUACCUAAUAAACCCGAAUCCUCCUAUAUAUAUCUUUCAAUCUUUUCCUCAAACUGUCCAAACAAGCAAUUCCUAGUCACUUGGUCUCUCAUUUCAAUUCAUCACAGCUUGAAGAUCGUCUCCACAAGCCACGCCAAGAUGCCUACGCAACUCGACAACAUGAUGAAGUCCAAGAACAUGGUUCUUGCUUUCGGCGGCGCUGUCGCAGCAGCUGCUCUGUGGACCAUCUGGGGCAGCGAUAUGUUUCCUGCAGAGCAAGAUCCAACAGGCGACCCCGAGGGCUGGUCCCGGGAGGAUAUGCGCAGGUGGCUGGCUGCCGUGGGUGUUCCUUGGUUCGGGCAGAGAGCUGCUAACUGACGAGAUGUGCUAGAGGAAGCUGUAUCCCGGGGACACUGCUACGAGGGAGGAGUUGCUUGCCAGGGUUUUGGCCAACAUGAGGAUCCCGAGGCAAUGAGCUGGGCUCUGGUGUGGAUUUUUGGGUUGUCUUAGUCUUUGCUUGUUCUUUUGCAGUUUGGCGUUGAUUGGCGUGUACUACGGUACCUGGCUUCUGGACGACACAUGAUGGUGUUCAGAUUGGUCUGAAUGAGGUACGCUCCUACAGGCAGUCAUUCCCACCAUGUUGAUUAAAACGACGGGAAGAAAUCGUGUUCGACGCGAGUAAAGUCUGAAUUAUCUGAUAAGAUAGUAAUAACCUUGAUACCCGACCUAGUUUAGGGUAGCUCAAUAACACGAGGGAUCUCCCGCGCUUCAUCUGCAGGCUGUCAUCCCCAGAUCCACUUGGAUCGAAGUCAUCGUCCAGCCACCACCAGC